UGUAAACAGACAACAAAAUAGAAAUAACUAUUCAACGACUCUCUGCCUGAAUCUUUCUUUUUUAUCUUCCCUGUCUCUCUAUCUCUUGCUCUGUCAUUUCUUCCUUGCUCUCUAGGUUUUCGAAUCACACCAUAAAUAUGACAGCGAAAGCAUAAAUUGUAAAAUCUGGCAGAAGGGAUUGAAGUUUGGGGCGAUUGGGUUUCCAUUUCUGCGGUCGUGGUGGUGGUGGUGGUGGUAGGGUCGCGAUGAGAGAGCUGGGUGCCGACCUCUUCGAGCCCCGGACGCUGAUGGACUCCGAUUUCUCUCCGACGAGAACUAGUGGCUCCUCCGCCGAUUCUGACUUUGGAUUUGCUUUCAACGAUCGGAAUUUCUCCGAUAGGGUCCUGAAGAUUGAGAUAAUCCCCGAUUUGCCCGACACCAAAUCAGACGGUGAUGGUUGCAUCACCUUAGCCGAGUGGGCCCGUAACCGGAAGCGCCGGAGGGAGGAGAUUAAGAAGGAAAACGUGGCUGAAGUUAUUGGGCAAAGCGCAGAGCAAGUUCUAAACUUGAAUGUGCCAGAUGUAGAGGAAACUUUGGCUUAUGAUAACCAGGAUGAAGAAGUUGUGGCAAUGAUCGAGGAAUCGGCUGCAGACGGCGGAUUGAAUUUGAAUGAACAAGGUGAUGAUGCCCCUACUGGCAGUGAAUCUGGCUGGAGCAUGGACUGUUCAGCUGUAGUUAGAGUUAAUACUAUACACAUUAGUUCACCUAUAUUAGCGGCUAAGAGUCCAUUCUUCUACAAGUUGUUUUCGAAUGGGAUGAGAGAGUCGGAUCAACGGCAUGUAACACUUCGAAUACAUGAAUCUGAAGAAGCAGCCCUAAUGGAACUCCUCAAUUUUAUGUAUAGCAAUACAUUAUCUUCAACAACCCCUACUGCUUUGUUGGAUGUAUUGAUGGCUGCCGACAAGUUUGAAGUUGUGUCGUGUAUGAGAUACUGUAGUAGGUUACUUAGAAACUUGCCUAUGACUAGUGAGUCCGCGUUGCUCUACUUGGAACUUCCAUCUACUGUGCUAAUGGCUGAAGCAGUUCAGCCACUUACUGAUGCUGCAAAGCAAUUUCUUGCUGGACGUUACAAGGAUAUGUCUAAGUAAGUUUCAGUCUGACUCUCUCUAAAGCAGGACCAGAGAAUAUGGCUGUGUUAGUCAAUAUAUGCUUCUUCAUUACUUAGUUUUUCGAUUGGCUGAACUGUCAAUUCUUGGCCUUCAAAUGGUAGAAAAAUGUUUUAAUAUACUUAUUCUCUCUUAGGUUCCAAGAUGAGGUUCUUAACUUGCCACUAGCUGGAAUUGAGGCGGUAUUAGCCAGUGAUGAUCUCCAAGUAGCUUCAGAGGAUGCUGUUUAUGAUUUCGUACUUAAGUGGGCCCGCAUUCAGUAUCCCAGAUUAGAGGAACGUCGGGAUGUCCUGGGAACCCGUCUUGUCCGAUUAAUUCGUUUUGCAUUCAUGACGUGCCGAAAGCUGAGGAAGGUCCUGACAUGUAAUGACUUUGAUCAUGAUGUGGCAUCCAAGGUUGUUCUGGAUGCUCUCUUUUUCAAAGGCGAGACGCCAUAUAGGCAGCGCGCUCUUGCUUUAGAAGAGGCCAAUGCUCCCUAUCGCCGCCUUGUGGAAAGAUCGUACAAGUACCGACCCGUUAAGGUGGUGGAGUUUGAUCUUCCACGCCAGCAAUGUGUGGUCUAUCUUGACCUAAAACGUGACGAGUGUACACAUCUGUUCCCAGCUGGCAGGGUCUACUCUCAAGCCUUUCACCUUGGCGGGCAAGGGUUUUUCUUGUCUGCACACUGCAAUAUGGACCAACAGAGCUCUUUCCACUGCUUUGGACUGUUUUUAGGGAUGCAGGAGAAAGGAUCAGUGAGCUUUGCUGUUGAUUAUGAGUUUGCUGCUAGGUCAAAGCCGACAGAUGAGUUUGUGAGCAAGUAUAAGGGAAACUACACUUUCACAGGAGGGAAGGCUGUUGGAUAUAGGAACCUGUUUGGUGUUCCAUGGGAGGCAUUCAUGGCCGAGGACAGCCCUUUCUUCAUCAAUAGUAUUCUGCAUCUUAGGGCUGAGUUGACCAUAAGGCAGUGAGAAUUUUGAGAAAAUGAUCAUUGCUCUUGUGGUUUGACUGUUUCCUUCAUAUAGGUUUUUCUACGUGCUCGGCAGAGAACUAGGUAGAUUUGAGCAGCUGGUCUUGACUACCUAUGUUGAUUCCAGCCAAUGUGGCCUACUUUGUGUUGUAAGAAAAUCUUGGGUAGGCGGCUAACGACGACAUGCUGUUUUUGAUCUCCAAAGAUGUAGCCAAACAUGAUGAAAUGGAAUUAAGAGCUCCUUGGAUAAAAUUAUAAGCCUCUGCAUUUUCUGUAAUGCUGAAGUGUUGCUGCAAUCAUCUAAAAAGAAGAAACAACUUCUGCUGUUUAUUUCACUUGUCUGCUGCCAUGGUUGUGGAUCCUCUGUACUGUGUUUACUUUUGUAGUUCCAUCAUUGUCAGUUAGUGAAAAAGAACCAUGCUUUCUAAAAGAAGGGGCAAAAUAAUAGAACUUUUCUCAUCCACAACAAUCAUAUAAUGAUGGACCAUAUGCAUUUACUUAGUGCAGAAGCAGAACUGACAAUUACUCUGCCGAAUCUCCAUUCCCUUUCUUUGUAUGUGUGUUUUAACAGCCUGCAGAUACUUCUGAAUACUUUGAUCAAUCUCUCUAUCCACUAGAAACCUAAUGAAGGUGUUCAAAUGGUGAAAAGAACAUUGGGAUCUUUCCAGUCAUGCCGUGUGUGGAAAUGCUUCCGAGGCAGAGCAAUUACCGGCCAUGAUUGGGAUUGGGAGAACCAAUGGGAGAAAGAUAGCUUAAGCUUUUCCCUCAACUUUCUGAUUGGACUUCCCCUGGACUCACAAGUCAACUGCAACGGCUUCUUCUUCUUCUUCUUUAGGACCCCACAGUGGGCAUGCUUGGCAAAACAUCAUAAUUCAUCAAAAUUGGUUUCCUAAUGCAGCUUUUGAAGGGGCAGAAUGAAUUAUUGAGCAUAAUGACUUUUAAGGGGGUUGAAUA